AUGUUCGACGACGAUGUUUUCCCAUUUCAAACGACGACACCGAUUGAGAGGUUACCAGAAGAUCCAUGGUAUAUGCGUCUACUUUCCGAGUGGUGCGACGCUUGGGAAAAUGUUCGUGAUUUGUGGCGGACACGAGAUUGUUGGAGCAAGUUAUAUGCAAUCGUAUCCUUCGUCUGUUUACCUUUACGCGCUAUUAGAAGAGCUUCGUCACAUCACAAUAAUAUCACAAUCCCCGAUCAUGCAUCCAUGUGUUACCUAUUCCUGUUGAUGUGUUAUACGUUUGUAUUGAACUUGAUAGAAUUGGGUGAGUCAAACAAAAGACGAGAUACUUUUGUUGCUAGUUGCAUGGCCUUAGCUAUCCCUGCGAUGCUUUACGUCUGCUUAUUUACAAAAGAUCGAGUUCGCCACGACCCUUGCCAUAAUGCGCCAAUGCGAAUUUUUUUCCGUGGCGGACUGUACAUUUUGGGUUUUGCGAGCAUAAUGAACAGCGUUUGUCUUGCAAUUGACGAAUGGAGUUGCCAGCCUUCAAAGAAUGAAUUUGAUAACAAGACUGCGGCAACUGUACAAUUUGUAAAAGCGUUGUUUGUCGUUACGGAAACACUGUUUCUGGGUUACUUCCAUAAAGCAUGUUUUCCGGUGGACACUGCAUUUCUGCAGAUUUCUCUCGCACAUAUUUUGGGCACUAACUUGGCGCUUUGGUUUUGGACACUUUGCGAGGAAGCGAAACCUCGACAUACGGAAUGCAAAACAGCGCCGAAAUUAGGUUGGGACCGCUAUCAGAAAUACUUCUACCCUGUUUUUAUCGAAUAUCUAUUCCUUGGAUUGGCCAUACUCUAUCAGCUGUGGAUCAAUUUAAGGCACGGGGAGGAAAUGCUUUGCCGCUUCUGCAAGAAUUGCAAGAGGUGUCUGUACUGUAGUCAAACUCCUAUCCCUGAAGAGGAAAAUAAUGAUCAAAUUGCCUCACUUCGACAACGGUAUAUAUAUACCUCGCUGCGGCUUUGGGGUUAUGCUUGGAACAAUUUAUGCCGUAGUGUUUUUUGUCCUCGUAUUGUUGGCAAACUCUGACGCUAGUAAUAAUAACGAUAAUAAUAAUAACAAAACGGGGGUAAAUGGUACAAACAUAGUCAUAAUCAAUUAUGAUAAACAUGGCCCCUUUAUACAUUAUUGCUAUGGAUCAUUCUUGAUGUACUUAUCCAUGACGUCUGCGUGCUAUAUUAUUCUUGCUUCACUUAGUUCAUCAACCAAUCUACAGCGAAUCCGUUCCAUUGAUUACGACGAUGCCUUGUUGUAUAUUUCGCUGAUGGGAAUACUGCUUAUCGAAGGAUUUCACGCUGUGAGCAAGAUAAUUGCUGGAAGAUCAUACUUUUAUCUCCUGGCUCUUGAUAUUAGCGGCACUGUGCAGCAUUUAACCCAAGCUGUCACACUCAUGAGCUUAAGUCGUACAACAAGUGGUCCUCGGAAUAGAGCUUGGAUAUGUGAGUGUAUUCUAUUUUUGCUCUUAACCAAUCUUGCGUGGUGGGUUCAAAACUCGUUUUAUUUGGAACCUAUACAUUGA